AUGACAGAAUCGCUUUGCUCAUGCUGCAAGCUUCUGGGAAAACCUCCAGGUCGAAUAAAUUUUAUUAUCACCACAGGUUCACCAGUCAGUUUAGUGUACCAACGUAUCAAAUAUUUACUUAAAAAUUAUGCCGAAAUUUCUUCGUGUACCAAUGAUAUUCAUCUAGCAAAAUAUGAAAUAUUGAUGAAUAUCAAUGAUCAACUGUUUAUCGAUCAAAAUCAGUCAUCAUCAACUGAUCAAUCUAUAUCAACUCUGACACCAACAUGUUGUAAUGGAUUAAAUUCUAUGUCAAUUGGUAUUACUGAUGCAUCGAAUUCUUCGCAGGUAGAUGAAUUUCGAAAGAAUAUUCUUGAAUUAUUGAAUCCAACAACUGAAGAACAAGAAAUAAAACAUAAAUCAGCAAGUUGGAUUCUUCUUAGUGGAUCAGUGUGUUUAGAACCAGCAUUUAUGAAUAUAUUUCUUCAACUCAAUGAUUCAAACUCAUCAUUACUGAAGUUUACAUUGAAAAUACUUUGUUUUCUUGUUAAUGAACAACAACUUUUCGAAAGUUGGAUAUUUCAAAGUCAAUCUAUUCAAGAUUAUCAAACAAAAACUUAUCCUGUAUAUGAUCAUAGAAUUAAGAGUUUCUUCUCAUUGUUAAACUCUUCAAAAUAUCUUCAAAACAAUACCUUACUUAUUGAUGAACAAACCGUUUCAAUUGAUAAUGCACUUGAAACAUUAAUGCAAUGCCUUUUUAAUGAGUCAUCAAAGUAUCUAGCUAAUAAUAACAAACUUCGUUCUGAUAUGGCAAAACUACUUUCACCUCACCGACGAACAGCACGUGACGUACGAGAUGUUCGAAAUAAUUUACAAAAGUGUUAUCAUGGUGUCAUCGGUAAUCGAUUAAAACCACUUCUUAAUGAUCUUCAGCAAGUAGAUACAGCUGCUAAUGCUGCUCGUAAAAUUGUUCAUCUUGUUCUCGAUGAACUCGGACGUAUAAAUGAUGAGGAAUUACGAGCAUAUAAAAAACAAUUGAUACUUGGUCUUGAUCCUAAUGAUAUCAAGCAUGCAAAUACAAUUGCCGCUCAAUUAAUUCAUUAUGCUCUUCAAUUACUUAAAAAUCCAAAUGAUACAUUAACGCCUUUGAUCUAUUCAAUAGUUUUAGUUAUAUGUAUGUUAGGUUCUCAUUUUUUCUUUCGUCAUGACUUAUUUAAUUAUACUCCUGAAAUAUACUCAUUAAGUUUAUUACUUAUCAAUCAACGACAGUAUGCUCUUACAUUAUCUGGUCUUCGACUAUGUUCAACUAUUCUAAACGGGGAUCAAAGCGAACAUAAAUAUGCGAUUGCUUAUUUAACUCAUGAUCCAUUAGUGGCGCGUAAAAUAUUCGAUGCUAUCAAAUGGCUUCUCUCGCCAUAUCAAACUCUCAAAAACUUAUGGACAGAAGAAGACGAAAAAGAACAAGAAGAUAGUGAUUCUGAAUCAAUUGAAGAAGAACCGAAAUUACAUAUUUUCGAAAGAGUUUGUUUUCGUCAUACAGGCAUUCUGCUUGAACGAUCUUUCAUAAGGACUCUCGCAUCAUUAUUCUAUGGCUCAGCAGAUCAUUGUGCACAAGUGACAGAAGAUGAUGUACACAAUCUUGCUGAAGUGAUUGAAGUGUUAGCAGAUGUUCGCAUGAUUAGAUGGUCUAACGGAGAAAAAAAAUCUCGUUAUACGCCGAUGCUUAUAAGUGAAUUAUGUGCUCUUCUGUCACCCAUUCUUCUAUACAGUUCACCGGCGGUUAAUUUGGCAUUAGUAAAUGAAGAUAAUCUAUUAUUGACUGUUCCCAAAGCUAUUCAUUAUUUGCUGAAAAUGAAAAGUAUUGAUCAAGAUACGAUAGAUGCAUGCAUUUGUUUCUAUACGCAAUUUGUUCAAUCGAAAUUUAAACGAAACGAACUUGUUAUUGAUAUACAAGACGAAGAGAAAAACGAACAGCUUGAUACAAAAACAAUUGAACAGAGUAUAGAUUCAUUCGUUCCAUUACAAAUUUCUAAAGAUUUGAUUGUAUCAUAUUAUAAUUUAUAUCGACAAAUUCAAGAAACAUCUUUAAGUGAAGAGAAAUCAGCACAACAAAAUCAAAUUCAAAUAUUAUUCGAUGAAGAAUGGAAAAAAUUCAAUAUUCAACAACUUGAACAUAAUUAUAAACAAGUUGAAAAUGAAAAAAAAUCACUUAACGAAGAAUUAACAAAAUUAAGACAUGAAUUACAACGUACUCAAUCAGAAAGAGAUCAAUUUAGAAAAGACAAUAUACAAAUGGCUCAAGAAAUAGAUAAUCUUAAACUAAGACCAAUUAUAAGCAAUAUUGAAAAAUCACAACAAUUAUCAGCUGUCGUUUCUACUGCUACUACUACUACUAAUAAUAAUAAUGAUCAGAAUAAUAUAAUCGAUGAAUUGCAAAAACUUUCUCCAAAUGAAAUUACGAAAGAACAAGCAGAAAAAUGUAUUCGAGAAAUUUUUCAUCGACGAACAACAUUUAAUGAUAAUGAUAUGCGAAAAUCUAUUUGUGGAUCACUGAAAAAUCUUGGCUCUGAUCUUUAUAGUUCAUCUGUACAUUUUUUACAUGAACUUAUUCAGAAUGCUGAAGAUAAUUUUUAUGAUAAUUCAAUGAUUCCAUGUUUACGUAUUGAACUUAAUCAUAAUUAUAUACUUUUAUCAAAUAAUGAACAGGGUCUUCGAGCAAAAGAUGUAUUAGCUAUUUGUAGUUUAGCUGUUACUACCAAAACAAAUUUACAGAAACAUAUUGGUGAAAAAGGUGUUGGUUUUAAAUCAGUUUUUGUUGCAUCAAAUCAACCAAUGCUUAUUUCACAUGCUUGGAAAUUUUGUUUUCAAGUACCAGGUAUUGAUGCUAUGUCAUAUAUUACACCAUUAUGGAUAACAGAUCAAGAUAUUCCAGAAUGUAUUGCGGAGCAAGUCUCAACAUAUGCUCAAUAUACUCAUCUUUAUCUACCACUUAAAUUAGAAACACAAACAUCCGAAGCUAAUCUAUUUCUUGAUCAAGUUAUCAAAGCUGUCGAUCCAUGUGUUUUACUUAAUAUGCGUCAACUAAAAAGACUUGAAAUCAUUGAUAAAAGACAAAAUAAAGAAACAUUGAUUGAGAAACAAUGCAUAGGUUCAACAGCGUUAAAAGAACAAUCAAAUGUGACAUUUGAAGAUUUUACAUUUUUUAAUCUUACUGGAUCUAUCAUGCAAUUACAUACAUCAACAGGAUAUAAUACUUUUCGAGUGUAUACAUGCUAUAUUGAUAUACCAAACUCAAUUAAACAACAACAACAACGAUCUUCAAACACAAGACUAAUUUUAGCAUUUCCAUGUGAAAAAGAUUAUGAUUUAACAAGUACAGUUUAUACUGGUUUACCUGUUUGUGAUCUUGGUUUUAAUUUUUUAUUCAAUGCUGAUUUUCAAUUAGUUACAAAUCGUGAAAAUGUUCGAGAAAAUGUUCCAUCUAAUACAUUUAUUCGUGAUCAUUUAUCAGCUCUUUUUGUUUAUAUUUUAUUAAAUGACAUAGACUUAAGAAAAGAUAUCAAUCGAUAUUGUCCAACAUCAAAUAUAUAUCAAGGAAAACAUUCAUCAUGGUGGCUUAUUAUGAUUGAUAAUAUCAAUCUAUUAAUAAAGAAAUAUAUUUCAAUAUUAUUUGAUAUUCGAACAGACAAAAUAAUUCGUUACUUUAAUAAAGAUCUAUCAUUACUUGUAUCAAAUGAACAAUUAUACAAUUGUGCUGAUAUUCAUGUUAUUGAUUCAAAUACUUCUUUCUUAACAUUUGAACAUUUAAAAUCUUUUCAAAUACAAUCAGUUUCAAUUAUAGACGUACUAAAUUGUUUUCCCAAUCGAGAAGAAACAACAACAACAACGAAUGAUUUUCGUCAACAAUUUCGAUUAUGGACACAAAAUCAAGAUGAACAAUGGUGGUCUCAACUUUUUCAUCAUCUAACUGAAAUGAUGACACCAGAAAUUUCUCAAAUAUUUUUACAAAAACCAAUUUUUCUUCUUCAAAAUCAUCAUCAUAAUCAUCACAGACAAUAUUUACCAAUCAAUGAUACGACUGAUAAACUUCUUUUCAUUAGUGAUAAUCCACAAUUUCGAAUGUGGAAAACACAACUGACACUUUUACGAUACUCUUCAAAAUCCGAAAGCAUUGCUCUUAUCAAAUCAAAACAUGUACAACUUCUUACAGAGGAACGAAUGAUUGAAAUUAUUUAUCAAAAUCAUUUACAAUUAGCUGUUUCACCUCUUGUUUCUAAUCCAAAUGUUCAAUUAAUCGAAGAAAUAUGGCAAGAUUUAUUCUAUUUAAAAUCUCAUUUAGAUAAAUUAAACAAAUCUACUCUAUUUCUUGUACCUGUUACAGGAACAUCCAAUCUUAUUCCAAUUCAGAAUGCAAUAUUACCAUCAAUAUUAGGAGUAGAUAUUCGACAAUAUAUAGAUCCAAUAAAUUCAUCAAUUAUUUGUUUUCCUUAUUGUAAUACUCAUUAUGAUCAAUUAUUUGAUAUUCUUCAAUGGGAAUAUUUUCUACUUGAAAUGAAUUGUCAACGACCAUCAAUUCAUCUUCCUUUAAAUUAUUCUAUCAUUAAUUUACCACUGUUACCAACAUUAACUAAGUUUACAGAUGAAAAAUGUGUACAAUUAGGUGAAUUUAUUUUUUCUUAUCAAACAGAAAAUACAAAAGAGUGUCUUCGUCAAUUUCCAAUUAUUUAUAAUUCAAAUAUUGAACAACAAAUAAUUCCAGUUUCAGCUAUAUUUGAUGAAAUGAUUGUUCCUAAUUUACCUUCAUUACCACAUAUUACAAUUCCACAUCAUUGUCGUGCAUUAGCAAAAAGUCUUGGUAUCUGUACCGAAUAUAAUCUUCUUGCAUGUGUAAAAAUUUUAAAAUUAUUAAGUAAUGAACAAAAUAAAAAUGUUGACUUGUAUGUUCAAUGGUUAAGUCAUUUACAAUUAUAUGUUCGUCAACAACAUACUGAAUUGAAUAUGAAAACUUUACUUUCAUCAUUUCAAUUAUAUCUUCCUGAUGAUAAAAAUUUUUAUUUAUUAAAAAAUCUUUUAAUUAAAUCAGAUAAUGAAGAACAUGAUCGUGGUAUUUUACUUAUAUCGAAAUAUCUUGAAUUAAAAUUGAUUUCACCAUUAAAUAAUCAAAUUUAUUGGCAAUUCAAAGAUCUUUUUUAUCUUUUAGGUUGCUUGUCAACAUCUACAAUUAGUAUUACUAAUAUAUAUGACGCUAUUUAUUUAGCAAGUCAUGAUAAAAGUAAUUUCAUUUCUUUUGGUGAUUGUAAGACAACAUUAAGUGAUUAUGGUACAGAAAUAAUGAUGACUCUUUAUCAGUAUCUAGAAGAUUUAAUAUGGAAAUAUGUUAAAAAUAAUGUACCAAAUAGUGAUUUAUAUAAUACUAUUAUAAUAAAUAAACAUGCAACAGCUCCAUAUGGUAGUCGAGAAGAUUUAGAAUGGCGUUUUAGUUUUACAUGUAAUUCUUUAUCACAACAAUUAGAAAAAUUGAUUGGUAUAGAAUCACAACGAAAACGCAUUGGUCUUAUUAUGAUUGAUCGAAAAAUUGUUAUAAAAAAAAUAGAUACUAUUAUCUAUGCAUGUUUAGAAACUAUGCUUAUUCAAAACUUAUCUAAAGAUAUUGGUAAACGUCAUUUUAUUUUACCAUUGAUUACUCGUACAUGUCCAUUAGUUUUAGCGGCAUUUGGUAUUGAUUAUAUUGAACGACGAGGUAAAAUUCAAUGGAUACAUCAAAAUCAUAAUCUUGAGUAUUUACUCAAACAAUUAACAGAAAUAUUUUGUCAUACUCUUAAUGAUCCAAAAUUGGAAGUGGUCACAGCAAAAUAUGCUAGCGUAUCUAUUCUUCUAUCUGAUUCUUUUGUUAUUGAUUCAAUUAAUGAAGAAUAUACAAAUGAAAUUCAUCGAUGUAUGAUUGCUACUGAUUAUCCUUUCUGGAUAUUUAAUAAAACUAUUCUUCUUUGUACGGGUAACGAAAGAGGUGAUGCUUCAAAAGCAAUUAUUGCAACAUCAGCUUUAACUACUCUAUUACAUAAACGAAACCAUAAAUCAUUCGAAGAAGCAAAAUCAAUUGCACAAAAACAGAUAAGUACAUGCACAGCAUUUCGUUCCGAUUAUCUCUCAUCUGUCGCUAGUACAGAAUCUAACAUUUAUUCAUUUACUGAUAUACUUUUUCCUACUAAUCAUCAUUCUAUUGAAUCGAUGAUUAUAUCAAUAGGAAAAUAUUGUACUAUUGAAGAAGAUCCAGAAAAAAUUACAAUAGAUUCAAUUGCUGUUGAUCGAAUUGCUGACGAUAUAAUUUAUCGAAGUCGAAUAAAAAUACAAAAUAAUAUCCCUCGAAAUAUGAACUUGACAAAUAUUUGGAAAGAUCCAUCAAUUGUAGAUGGUAUCGAACAAAUUCGUAUUGGUCAAAAUGCUGAACAUUUCUUUUUCGUCUAUCUACAAAAUCAUUAUGGCUCGGUAGAUGUAACACCAAUAAAAAAUUGGCGCUCAUCAUCACGUCUUAUUAUUUAUCCACAAUAUCGUGAUAAUAUCAAUGAUUCAGCUGGUUUUGAUUUCGAGUUACAAGAUACACAUCAAGUAUUUAUUCGUACAUCAAAAUCAACAACUAAAUAUUGUUAUUUUGAAGUUAAAGGUACCAGUGGAUCAUUUAAUGAAGAACAUACUCGUUUUAAUAUUUCUCAAAAUGAAUUAGACGUGUGUCGAUCAAUUGUAAAUGAUAGGAGACGACAAGAACGUGAAGCUUAUUUUAUUAUUAUUAUUGAAAAUUGUCUUGAUGCUGAAAAAAUCUCACUUGCUGCUGCAAUUAACUGGUAGGUCGUAUUGCAUUCGUACAAUGGCUCAUACAAUUAUUCAAUCAACUUUAUUUUCAAUUUUCCACAGCUGUAGCAAACUCUAAUAAGAAAUCAAAGAGUAAUUUGAAUAGGAAAUUUCAUUCUAACAAGAGUCUCCCAAAAUGAAAUCGAUUUUUAAAAAACCUAAAACGAAUCUUUUAAGCACAUGGAAUUGGUAAAUAGAAUUCUAUUGAAAUGUUUUGAAUUAUAAAGCAAACAAUAAUGUACAAAAUUAAACGUCUUCGAGUUCUUCACGACUAUUUUUUGACUAAGAUAUAUCAGUUUUAUGACAGACACAAAAAUGGUGGUUCCAUUCGAAAAAAACAAACAACUCUUGUGUUUUUUCUCAGACUGAUAUAUCUCGAUCAAAAAAUGUCGUGAAGAACCCAAAGAUGUAUAAUUUUGUUCACUUUUGGUUGCUCUAUAAUUCAAGUUAAUUCAAAUAACAUUCGAUUUGCCGAAUCUAGCAGUCAGAAAACUUUGUUUUAGGUUUUUGCAGAACCCCAAUCUUUGGAAACAAAUUCCGAUGAGCAUUUACGAUAACUGAAACAAACUAGAAAAUAAACCUAAUCGAAUAAUAUUAAGGAUCAUGAUUAUAUGACAUGUAGCGUGUGUAUAUUAAUUUAAUGUCCUCUCUCUCAUAGGAGUGAAGAUUUCAAUAAGGUGACAGGCAAUCCUAACAGUUAUCAAUGCAGAAUUGUUCCGUCAUCGUCUAUGAACUAUAACGAUUCCAGAAGCGAAGAAGUUAUAAGUGAUAAUAACUAUCAUAGCCGCCAACAACAACAAUCAAUGACACAACAUAAUAGAAAUAAUAAUUCCAGAAUUCAACCUAUAGCAAUGAAUAGUAAUAAUUCAGCAUCGAAUAGUUAUACUUCAUCUCAUCGCCAGAAUCAACAACGUCCAUAUCACAACAAAUAUGGAUAUAAUAAUAGAUAUUCUCAACAGAAUAAUUAGAGCAAAAAUUAUAAAAGUAGUGCAAUAUUUUGUUGAACAACUCGUUUUUUUUUUAAUAAUCUUAUUCAAAGAAAUAGAUAACAGCAUAAAUUACUUUUUCAUCAAAGAUUAUACGAUCUAAAAUUUUGUCACAAAUAAAUCAUAUAAUGAAUGAAAAAUUGAAUAUUACAACAAAGUUUUACUAUUUAAAUGCUAGUGGCAUCACUGGAGUAGAACCAAACGGGAUUCAGCCCUACCAUCCGCAGUUUCAUGUUUUCGAGAAAAUUUUGAAAGAAAAAAAUGAAUAAAAACAAUCAGAAGGGUGAGGUGAUGUGGGUGUGUGAUUGUGUUUCUAGACUAAAACAACAUCCAUAGACACACCCACACCCUCAAAAAUCCAUGAUUAGAGUGUGGAUGU